AUGAGCUUCUGUCGGUCCAGAGGCAGCGGAGAGUUGACAACAGUCACGGAGCCUGUGACUGGCUUUCCCUGGCUGUCGACUGCUGCGGACUGGGCUGCUCCGCUGACAGCGCUCUGCGCGUCACACGCACGGACUGCGAGGAACCACUUCCGCUUCAGCAGUGAAAAUAAACCUAUACUCUACGCUCUUCAGAUGAUGUCUCUAACCUGGUCCGUCGUGCUCCUUUGUCAAUUUUUCCUUUAUACAACGGUGACAUCCAAAAAAGUAUGUGGUCGCCCUCCCAUCACCGACGGCAUUGAUGAGUCUGUGUUAAAGCGGGUGUAUGAAGCAGGAGAAGAGGUGACACUCACAUGUGAACGUGGAUAUCUGCCUUCAACCCCCAGUCCAAGAAGGAUCAGCUGCUCCGGGACUGGGGACUGGACCAGCUCCGACCUGGCCUGUUCUCCUAUAAUGUGUCCAAUCCCAAAAGCUUUGCAAUCUCUGGCAAUGGGACGAACUGAAGCACCAUUCAAGAGUAUUCUCAACUUCACGUGUGAUGAUGGCUACGUUAUGCUGGGAUUUAAUAGUAGCAGCUGUUUGCAUGACGGUACAUGGGACAACCCCCCACCAAUGUGCAAAGCUGUGAAUUGCCCAUUGCCAAGGCCACCUGUUGAUGGAAGAAUAGUGCAUGAAAAGAAUCCCUUUACUGGUACUAAUACAAUGUAUGGCCAAGGCUGGACGUACGAGUGUAACUCACCUAAAGCACCCAGUUAUGAGAGAGGAUCUUGUACGGCAGAUGGAACAGUUCCAGAGCCGCCCACUUGUCGAGAGGUCAGCUGCCCCAUUCCUACAAGUAUACCAAACGGAGUCAUCACGUUUGCUGUGAUGAAGGAGCAUCGCUAUAAGGAAACUGUAAAAUAUGCUUGUAAUGAACAUUAUGUCAUGGAAGGCGAACCUGAUAUACGAUGCACAAAUACUGGGAACUGGUCUGCGAAGCCUAUUUGCAAAGCACCUUGUCAAGUUGCAAUCAAAAGGGGCCGUAUCUUCUACAAUGCCAAAAAGAUCUGGAUUGAAGAUUUUAAACCAAACCGGGUCCUUCACAAAGAAGUUGUUGUCUUCUACUGUAAAAACAAGCCAGAGAAGUGUGGCUACCCAGUGGCCAGUGUCUGUAAUGAUGGAAUCCUCCCUCUUCCAGAAUGCUUUGAGGAACCAGGCAAAAUUGAAUACAACCUCAAGGCCAAAACUCUGCCUUCAGAAAUUCCAAUGUGUGCCGUGCCUCCUCCGGCAGCAACGACCGCCACAAGAACUGUGCAAUAA